CGCCGCCGAUGGCCGCCGACCCGCCGGGAGCUGCCGAGAAGGGAGAGAUGGCUCCCGGGACACGUGUGAGCCCUCGGCGUUGCUGACGCCCCCAAUGUCGUCGAGCAGCCGGGGGCCGGGGGCCGGAGCGCGCCGACGCCGAACCCGCUGCCGUCGCUGCCGGGCCUGUGUGCGAACUGAGUGCGGGGAUUGCCACUUCUGCCGAGACAUGAAGAAGUUUGGGGGGCCCGGGCGCAUGAAGCAGUCGUGCCUGCUUCGGCAGUGCACUGCGCCCGUGCUCCCACACACAGCUGUAUGCCUCUUGUGUGGGGAGGCAGGAAAGGAGGAUACAGUGGAGGGAGAGGAAGAGAAAUUUGCUUUGAGCCUCAUGGAGUGUACAAUUUGCAAUGAGAUCGUCCACCCUGGCUGCCUGAAGAUGGGAAAGGCUGAGGGUGUUAUCAAUUCAGAAAUUCCCAACUGCUGGGAGUGCCCCCGAUGUACCCAGGAAGGACGGACAAGCAAGGAUGCAGGUGAGGGGCCAGGGCGCCGUAGGGCUGACAAUGGUGAGGAAGGCGCAAACCUAGGGGGUGGAUGGAAGCUGACAGAGGAGCCACCACCACCACCACCCGUGCCCAGAAGAAAGGGACCUUUACCUGCUGGCCCUCCCGCUGAUGAUGUGCCUGGGCCCCCCAAACGGAAGGAGAGGGAGGCGGGGAAUGAGCCCCCAACCCCAAGGAAAAAGGUGAAAGGAGGCCGAGAGAGGCACUUGAAGAAGAAACCAAAGCCACCUAUGGCCUCGACUGAGGGACCCGCAGCGCCAUCCCCAUCACCACAGAGGGAGAAACUGGAGCGUUUUAAGAGAAUGUGCCAGCUGCUGGAGCGGGUGCCCGAUACCUCCUCUUCCUCCUCGGACUCGGAUUCUGACUCAGACUCAUCUGGUACCUCGCUGAGUGAGGAUGAAGCUCCGGGGGAGGCCCGGAACGGGCGGAGGCCAGCCCGGGGUAGCUCCGGAGAAAAGGAGAACCGUGGGGGUCGGCGAGCUAUACGCCCUGGCAGUGGGGGACCACUACUCAGCUGGCCCCUGGGUCCUGCUCCACCACCACGGCCUCCACAAUUAGAGCGGCAUGUGGUACGCCCCCCUCCUCGAAGUCCCGAGCCUGACACUCUGCCUUUGGCUGCUGGAUCCGACCACCCCCUGCCUCGGGCUGCCUGGCUUCGUGUCUUCCAGCACCUGGGACCCCGAGAGCUGUGUGUCUGCAUGCGAGUCUGCCGGACUUGGAGCCGCUGGUGCUAUGACAAGCGUCUGUGGCCUAGGAUGGACCUAAGCAGGAGGAAGUCGCUGACCCCACCCAUGCUUAGUGGGGUUGUCCGCCGCCAGCCCCGAGCUCUGGACCUCAGCUGGACAGGUGUCUCCAAAAAGCAGCUCAUGUGGCUUCUGAACCGACUGCAAGGCCUGCAAGAGUUGGUGCUUUCUGGGUGCUCCUGGCUUUCCGUCUCUGCCCUGGGCUCAGCCCCACUGCCGGCAUUGCGGCUCUUGGAUCUCCGUUGGAUUGAAGAUGUCAAAGACUCCCAGCUUCGUGAGCUGCUGCUGCCUCCACCAGACACUAAACCAGGGCAAACGGAGAGCCGAGGUCGACUGCAGGGAGUGGCAGAACUUCGCCUAGCUGGCCUGGAGCUCACUGAUGCCUCCCUGAGGCUCCUGCUGCGCCAUGCUCCCCAGCUCAGUGCCCUGGAUUUGAGUCACUGCGCCCAUGUCGGGGACCCAAGUGUCCACCUCCUCACGGCUCCCACUUCCCCUCUCCGAGAGACACUGGUGCACCUCAAUCUCGCUGGAUGCCACCGCCUCACGGACCACUGCCUUCCACUGUUCCGUCGCUGCCCACGUCUUCGCCGCCUGGACCUACGCUCCUGCCGCCAGCUCUCACCUGAAGCUUGUGCCCGGUUGGCAGCUGCUGGACCCCCUGGCCCCUUUCGCUGCCCAGAAGAGAAGCUACUUCUCAAGGACAGCUAGUUGGGUGCCUGUAUUCCCUUCCCCCAGGACUCCACACGAGCGCCUGGACCUGGCGCCUUCAUUUCACCCCCUGUUGGGAGGCCAGGUUAUUUUUCUUCAUGACUUGGCUCUCCGCUAAGUUUAAUGACUUGGGAUUCCUGCCCAGGGACUUGAGCCAGCCUUCCCCUUCUCUCCCACCUGCACUGAUAUCUCUGGGGGUCUUUGCUUCCCAUCUCUCCUUUCCACCUGCUUCAUUGUCCGUCCCCUUGGGAGAGUGGGUCAAGGGGUACUGGGGAGGUGCUGAGCCAGAGGGAUGGUGGGGGGGCCGUGAAGGCGCAAGUAGGGAAGAAUGAGGUAUCUUGGUAUCUUGGUAAAUGGUAUCUUGCACACAGGAUACUGGGAGCCAGGGGGCUGGGGAGGUGAAGAAUAGGUGUGGGGAGGGCAGAAAGCAGACCAACAACGGUUCAUGGAACAAAGACCAGUUGGGUGGGAUGGGGGGCCAAAAAGGGGAACCAGAGGAGCAAUUGAGGAUCCAGGUAUCGGAUAGGGGGCUCUAGAAGCCAGGAAAUGCCAGGACAUGGGCCUGGGAGAGGAGCAGAUAGGGGGAUAGUACCCUCUCUGUGGGGUUACCCCUCGCCCCUUCCUUCCACCCAGAUUUUAGUUCUUUUCCUCGCCCGGACUCCUUGAACGUCACUGAAAAUGGCAGCUAUUGCAAGGAGUAGGGGCCAUGGGCCUACCUGUUGUUCUGCUCAUGGCCCAGGGGAGUGGCGAGGGGUAGCCCAGACCCCUGCCUGGCUCUCUACACAAUACUUGAACAUUCAUCUGUACUGAAGUGUUACUUGAACCGGGGGAACCUCGGACCUGGGGGAGUGUGACGUGAGGGGACCGGCUUGACCAAGACUGAGCUAGUGGGUACCCAGUUUGGACUUCCCACCCCCAGCUCUCUUGCUUUACUGUCUUGAACAGCUCCACCCCUCCGACCUGAGUUGGGGUGGGGGAUUUCAGCUUAAAGAUGGGCAAGAUGGGACUUCUCCAGUUUGGCUCUUCCCAUUCUUUCAUCGUCAUGGAAACUGUGUCCCAUUUGCCCAGGGAACUGCCAUUCCUGGUUGCCGUGGAAAUAGCAGCCAAUGGACACCUCCGGAAAUCAGUGCUAAGACUGGAACUGGUCCCUCUUAGUUGCUGUGGGAACUUAGUAACAGACCCUUGGCACCUCCCCUCUCUCCACCCCUUUUCUUCUUUCAGUGUGGGGGUGGGGUCUCAAGAGCCUGAGGGAGGAGUCGGGUCCAGGUCCCAUUCAACUUAGGCCAGGGGGAACUGGAUUG